UUCUAAUUCUAAUUCUCUAUUUGUAGACUCUCAUUCCUCACUUCCUGUUAUGAUCCUGUAUCUCUAACAUAGGAUCUCGAUUUUGACCCAGUGUACACUUUCUUGAUCUUAUACCCCCAUUGGCAAAUUUCUUUUUUUAUUGUAUCCACCACGUAUUUUUUCGACAUGGCCAGUAUCGAUAAGCCACUACCUCAAACCCAGGCCUCAAAACCUGGGGACUUCGAAGCUGUCAGAAAGUCUAUCAUUGAUCUCCUCCGCCAGCCUGACUAUGACGAUGGAAGUGCCGGCCCUGUUCUUGUGCGCCUAGCCUGGCACUCUUCUGGCACAUAUGACGUAGCAACAGAUACUGGAGGCUCAAACGGCGCUGGCAUGCGCUACGAGGCCGAGGGUGGUGAUCCCGCCAACGCCGGCCUUCAGAAUGCUCGCCUCUUCCUAGAGCCCCUCAAGCGUCUUCACCCAUGGAUCACAUACUCAGACCUAUGGACGCUUGCCGGAGUAACGGCCAUCCGAGCCAUGGGCGGUCCCGAAGUCGAUUGGCUUCCAGGGCGAACCGAUUUUACCGAUGACAGCAAGAUUCCACCUCGCGGCCGUCUUCCUGACGCGGCUCAAGGAGCAGACCAUAUCCGAGACAUCUUCUACCGAAUGGGAUUUAACGACCGGGAGAUUGUCGCCCUCAGUGGCGCGCACAGUCUUGGACGAUGCCAUACGGAAAACUCGGGAUUCGAGGGGAAAUGGGUCAACAAUCCGACACGAUUCUCAAAUCAAUAUUUCCGCCUCCUGCUGUCUGAGAAGUGGACCGAGAAGACAGUCCCUGAAUCUGGUGUUACUCAGUUCUCUUCUGUUGACCCUGACACAGAAGAGGAGUUGAUGAUGCUCCCAACCGAUAUGGCUCUCACGACAGACCCUGAGUUCUCCAAGUACGUGCGUCUAUAUGCUGAAGACAAGGAGAUGUUCUUCAACGACUUCAAAGCAGCAUUCGCCAAGCUGCUGGAGCUGGGAAUAGCAAGAGAUGCAGAAGGAAACAUUACGAACAGCGAUAACGAGAAGGGGGGAUAUAGAAGCGCGCCGAAGAAGAGCGAUUCGGUCUCAACACAUGCAGAGUUCGGACAAGGGGCCAAGACAAAUGGUUGUCCUGUUAUGCACGCCAGGGCAAAGCUCUGAUGUGUUGUAGGUUAAUUUAUACCCGUAUAGACUAUAGAUGGGGAACAAGAUACACAAGUAUAAUUAGAUGGCUAUAGAUCGGAUUCUUUAUUACUAUCUCGACUCGGAAUUUAUUUUACUACUUAAAGUCUAUCGGUUCUGAAU